AUGGAAAAUAUAUUGUUAAAAUAUAUUGGCAAAGAAAUUUUAGAGAAGCCAUGGAACCCACCAAAGAAAUAUAAAGAUAGAUCAGCAGAGGAAUAUGCAAAUGAUUUAAUAGAGUUUAUUAAUAAGUAUUCAUUUCUUUAUCAACUAAGAUCCCUAGAUUUUUUUUAUGAUGGUGAUCGAAUUUGGAAUGAAUUAAUACCAGACGAAUGGAAGGAACCACUCUUGUCUAUGAGUGAUCAAGAAUGCUCCGAAUUUCACCAUGGCAAUAUAUGUUUAUCAUCAUUUCCCCAAUCAUUAAAAGAUUUUAUAGAAACUGCAGUAUCUCUAUGGAUGCCAAAAAACCAACCUGCCAGUGAUGAUGACAAUAAUCAAGUCUGGAACUUAAAUCAAAACGAUUUCAAAUUAAGUUCAUUAUUUCUGGGAAUGUCUGAAAAGAAAGUUCAUGAAAUAUUGCGUAUGUCAGAAUUUGUAAAUGUAAUUGCAGACCAUCUAAAGCCAAAUGAAAUUGUUGAUAUUGGUGCUGGCGAAGCAUAUUUAACCCAGGUAUUGGGUCAUCAAUUUAACCAUAGUACCACAGCAAUUGACUGCUCUCAAUCAUUUAUAGAAGGUGCCUUAAAACGUCAAAGUCUAAUUGAAAUUGAAAGAGUAUCAAAAGAAUUAAAUAAUAAUUUAAACUUAAAACAACAAAUAUCAUCGAGUAAUAAUAUUAAUAGUAAUAGUAAUAAUAAUAAUGAUUCAUUAAAAUCAACAACAUUAAAAGAGGAUGAAAAAAAAGAAAUAAUCGAGAAAAUAAAAAAAGAUAAAAUUGAACAAACCAAAAAGCUGGUCAACGAAUUAGAAUUUAAAUCACCAAAUAUGUGUGUUGCUACAAUUUCAAGUGAUAUGAAGGAAAAUGAUUUUUUAGAUAUAUUGGAACAACACAACGAAAAAAAGAACUAUCAAUCAAUAAUGCUAAUUGGUUUACAUACAUGUGGGAUAUUACCGCCAACUAUGAUCAAAAACUAUUUACAAUGUAAUAAUAUUGACUCUAUAAUAGAUGUGGGAUGUUGUUAUUAUAAAGUUGACAGCAACCACGAAUUUAUUUCAGAUUUUUGCAAAAAUAAAAAUUUAAUUUUAGGACCAGCUCCAUUAAAGUUAUCUUGUGAAGCAAGUGAUCAAAGUCAAAAAGAUUUAGAAAGUUAUCAAUAUAGCAAUAGAAAUCAUUUUUAUAGAGUAAUUUUAGAAACAUGGUUAAGAAAAGAAAUAUUUAAUGGUGGUCACCAUGAAUUCACUAUAAGAAAUCUAUCAAAGAAUCAUUGUAAAUCAUUUGACACCUAUUCAAGUGCAGCACUAUCGAGAAUGAAAAGACAACAACAACAAAAAGAUCAAAAAAUUCACCCAGAUAUUAAAUUACCAGAUACCAAUGAACCAAUUGUAGAGUUUUAUAAAAAAUAUUGCACUGAAAAAAAGGAAGAGAAGCAAGUUUCAAUAUUUUUAUUACUACGUACUCUUUUAGCACCAGUUUUGGAAUCAAUAAUAAUUUUAGAUCGUUUCUUAUAUUUAGAUCAAUUUAAUUCAAUAUCAGAUUCUUAUUUAAUACCAAUAUUCAAUAAAUUACUAUCACCCCGUAAUAUAAAUAGUAUUUGUGAAAUGAUUCUAUCAAUUACACUUCAAUUAGACCCAAUAAAUGGAUCAAAUAAUGGACUAAGUAGCACAAUCUGCCAAUUAUUUGGUAUCAACGAAUCAACAAGCAAAGAUUACUGUCUUCAAUUGGAAUCAUCAAAGAGAUACUUGAAUUGGCCACAAGAAACUGAUGAAUCAAAAACCAAACAUAUUGUAAAACAACUUUAUGAAUGUGGUGAAACUGCAUUGGUACUUCAAUUAUCACCAACUUAUCGUUCUUCUAAAUGGGUAAAAGCAUUAAAUGAAAAUUUAACAAACGAAAAAGAUUUAAUGUUUCAUUUAAAAUUUAAAUUACAGGAAACUGAAUUUGCAGAAUCAUUUAUUGAACAAAAUGGUAUGGAAAGUAUUUUAAAAAUGGUUACCAAUGGUAAAGGAAAUACACAAACUUAUGCAUUGGCCUCAUUAAGAGCAUGUUUGGAAUAUGUAAGUGCAAUGGAGAUUAUUACAAAAACCCCACAUUUGGUAAAGCAAUUGUUUAAUUUAGUCGAUUCAAGUGUUGUUGGUGUCUGUAGAGGUGCAUUAGAAUUAUUAUUUGUAUUAUGUGAUUUUAGAAAAGAAGAGGGUUUCAAGUCAGUUCAUUUAGCAGCAAAAUCAUCAGCUAUCGCCCAAGAAAAGAAACCAUAUCAAAAUGUUAUUAAGUUAUUGGAUUCCGGUGAUUUGGAAACCAAAGUAAACUCUUUCACUCUUUUAAAUGUACUUUUAAAUAAUUGCCCAUCAAACGAAAAGGUAGAAAAGCUUGUAAAGAAAUGGGGUGAUUUGGGUCUUCACGAUAAACUAAGAGAACUUGUUUCAAUUCAGCAACAAGAGUUUCAAAUUCAAUUAGAAAUGUAUGAAUCUACAAGCGGUGUCUAUUUACGUACUAAAGCUGGUCGUCUCGAAGCAAUUUGCAAUAGAUUAAAAGCAAAAUUAAAUGAAUACGAAUCACAACAGCCAUUAAUAUCAAUUCUCAAAGAGGAAUUAAAAUUGGCUCAACAAUUAAUAAAGGAAGCUUCUACAGAUCGUGUCUUUUUAAGCUCUCACCCAAUGCAAAGAUACUUGGGUCCAACUGUUCAAACUUAUCCUGUAGAUUUAUCAUUCUUAAAAACAACAACCAUUGAACGUGAAAAAAUUUCCGAGUUUGAAAAAAAGAUUUCUGCUAUUGGUGAACAAUUACGUCAAGAAUUAAAAUUAUCAGAAGAGCUCAAAAACCAAAUUUUAGCAAAUAAAAAACAAUUUGAUUCUACAGUUGCUGAGCUCAAAGAAGAAAAUCAAAGAUUAACCCAAGUUGAAGUUAAAUUUAAAUUAACUCAAUCUCAAUCUCCAGCACCACCACAACCAACCAAUAAUAAUACUGGUAACAAUAACUCUACAUUAAGCGAUGAAGAAAUUUCAAAUAUUCAAAAAUCAUUAAAUGAAACAAUGCUAGAAGUUGAAAGAUUAAAAUUAGCCAUUGAAGAAAAAAUGCCACCAAGUGAAGCUCAAACUAUCUUCUCUCAAUCUUUAAUCUCAGCAAAAUUAACACCAUCAAGUGAAAUAAAUAAACCAAUAAGUCCUGAUUUAACAGCUACAGAUAAUAAUACAGAUAUAGAUACAAGUAGUAGUGGAGCUCCACCACCACCUCCUCCUCCACCUCCACCACCACCAGGCGGAGCUCCAGGAGCUCCUCCACCACCCCCACCUCCACCACCACCAGGAGGUAAAAAAGGUGCACCAGCAGGUCCAUCUGCCAUACAACCAAAUAAACCAGUAAUCAAUCCAGCAAAUAAAAUGAAACCACUUUAUUGGAAACGUAUUAUUUUAGCACCAACCAACAGAAAUGAAUCCAUUUGGGACCAAGUUUUAGAACCAACAUUUGAUUCAAAAGAUUUUGAAAAUUUCUUUUGUGCCAAAAAGAAAGCAUCACCAACCAAUGAAAAUAAAGAGGAGUCAAGUGUAGGUGCCAACGAAAAAGCUAAAUUGGUUAGUUUAAUCGAUAUUAAAAAAUCAAAUUCAAUUGCAUUUAUGUUAGCAAAGGUCCCACCACCAGAAGGAUUAAAGAAAGCUAUUGAUUCAAUGGAUGGAAAUAUUUUAAAUAAAGAGGUUAUUAAAACUCUUAUUAAUAAUGUACCAUGCGAAGCCGAUUAUCAAUUAAUUAAAGACUCUGGUAUCCCCGAAGCAAAAUUAGAUCGUCCAGAAAAAUGGAUUCUCGAAAUGUAUGGUUUCCCAAUGUUUAAAGAGCGUUUAGUAUGUUGGUUAUUCCAAUUAGAGUAUCAAGAUAUAUAUAGUAACAUUAACCAGGUUCAAGAAAAAUUAGAUUGUGCAAUUAAAGAUACCAAAUCAAGCGAUUCAUUAAAAAAGAUUUUAGGUAUUGUACUUGUAUUAGGUAAUUACAUGAACGGUGGUACAGGUCGUGGUCAAGCCGAUGGUUUCAAUUUAGAUAUUUUAGAUUCAUUAUCAACCAACAAAGAUAUUGAAAAUAAAACAUCACUUUUGGAUUAUAUAGCUAAACUUUCAAUGGAUAAAUACCCAAAGACUAAAAAUGUUGCUGAAGAGCUCGAUUCACUUAGAUUGGUUCAAUUGUCAGUAUCUGAUAUGGCCACCGACAUCAAUGAUCUUAAAGGUCAAUUUAACAUCUCUAAAAACAACUUUAAAAAAAUUCAAGAUGCUAUUCAAGGUUCAAAUAAAUUUGUUAGUUCCUUUAGCAGCUUUAUAGAAAAAUGUGAACAAGAUAUUAAAUCAAUAGAAGAUCUACAAAAGAAAAUUGUAGACUCUUUCCAUCAAUUGGUAGAGUUUUUCGGUUAUCCUAAAACAUUUGCAACAACUGCAUCAUGUCCUCAAUUUUUUGGUUCAAUAUACACCUUUUCUCAAUUAUUCUCAAAACAAUGUCAAAAAAUCGAAAAAGAAAGAGAAGCAAGUGUCUCUAAAAAUUCAAAUGAAAGUAGUAAGAAAAUUGCUGGUGGUGCUGAUCCAUUAGCCGCUUUAGCAAAUGCAAUUAAAUUGGGUCAAACUGGUCUAAGAAAGAGACCACCCGGUGAUUCUCAAUUAAAUUUAAAUAAUAAAUAA